ACAGCAGUAGGUACUUCGGUGAGCUACUUACCGAACCAAUAUUUAGUCCGCUAUUAAAAUCUUCACGACUUUUACGUUAAAAAUAUAAGCAACCACUGGAAUAAAUUUUUAAGUAAAUAAACAUUGGCGGUAUUAAAGCUUCGUUGGUAUCUUUUUAAUUUCAGUAGUUUAUCGGUCGGCAUGAACGUUUAUUUUAACGCUGCCAUACUAAUUCUUCAACUGGUGCUAUUGUUAAGUCUUGUUUCUUCAGUUCCCAGAAGGUUACAGAAGAAGAACAAAGGUGGAAAUACUAGGUUUAUUGGUAAAAGACAAUUGAUCGCAAUGGAAGCCUUACAAAGUGGACCAGGUGUUUUCCACAAAAAACUUAAAACUCACGUACAACCAUUGGAAGAAAGUUGCCAGUCGGCCAGUUUCAAAAAUGAGUUCAAUAGUAUUAGGCAGCAAGUGAAGUGCGAGCCCAGGGAUACUGUUGUGGAUCUUGUGCCACCUCUUGGGGCUAUCAUAAUUCCAAACGCGGUGAUAGUGAAACGUUGCGGUGGGAUGUGCAAUGGAUUUAAGGGCUGUUUACCACUACAAACCCAGGAGAAGAAGAUGUACGUCAAAACUGUGAGGAACAGCGAGAUUCUUUGUACUUCAAUUACCGUAGUUGAAGACCUGAAGUGCAGAUGUAACUGCCUGCAAACGCCCAAAGAUUGUACCCCGUUCCAAGUCUACAGCAAGGAGACGUGCUCCUGUAAUUGCCAAAAUAAGGUGAGCUCCGGUCCGAAAGCAAUUUCCUUUGUAAACUACAACUUCUUUAGAAGGAUUACGCCGCGUGUAUCGAUAGUAAAAACGAAAACGUAUUUUGGGACGAAAGUACGUGCUCCUGUAUUUGCGAACAAAACAAAACGUGCACGACAGGGACACGAUGGGAAGAAAGCGAGUGCAGAUGUGUUAAGAUCAGAUCGUAACAGAAGGCGACAACAGUAUUAUAGUGUAAAUAUUUAUGGUAAUUUAUUUCGCAACAUGUUAUAUUAUGCUAGUCUGAAGCUAAUUUUAGGUUUUAAUACAGAUCUGUCUGAGAUCUCGAAAAUGUAAUUUAGUUAUGUAAAGCUUGAUGCCGUUUCUUUCUUUGAUUCGAUUAGUUAUAAGAGCCUUCAACAGUUCUCUAAUUUAUGUAGCGCAUGCUAAAUGUUAACGAAAUAGAGUUUUAUACAAUGUUA